ACUCAUCUCGCAAACACGCACGAGGCGGGACGCGCAGCGAAACGACCUCGCCGUCACCACGCACCAACACAACACACACCACUUAGAGUCUGCCGCAUUAUGGCGUCCUCAUACCAGUAUCGCAACUCAUACCACAGCUCCUCCCAAAACAUCAGCGAAAAGUACGACGACGGCCUGGGACGCCCGGCCACAUCCCGCCGCAACACCCGCCUUAGGAGCAGCGACGGCACCGUCAGCACCACCAUGAGCUCCUCCACAGGCCGCGAGAGCGCCGCCACUCACAUCACCGAAGGCCCUGCCUACUCCAAGAAGAUUGUCGUUGUCGGCGACGGUGGUUGCGGCAAGACGUGUCUUCUCAUCAGCUACAGCCAAGGCUAUUUCCCAGAGAAAUAUGUCCCUACCGUAUUCGAAAACUACAUCACGUACCCGACGCACCCGCCGUCUGGUAAGACCGUAGAGUUGGCGCUGUGGGAUACGGCCGGCCAGGAGGAGUACGACCGAUUGCGACCGCUUUCGUACCCCGAGACCGACCUAAUUUUUGUUUGUUUUGCGAUUGAUUGCCCCAACUCGCUAGAAAACGUCAUGGACAAGUGGUAUCCCGAAGUCCUACACUUCUGCCCUUACACCCCUCUCGUUCUCGUUGGCCUCAAGUCCGACCUCCGCUUCAAGAAGACAUGCAUUGACAUGCUCAAGACACAAGGGCUCACACCCGUCACUCAGGAGCAGGGUCGGGCUGUCGCGCGAAAGAUGGGCGCCCAGUACGUGGAGUGCAGCAGCAAGGAGAUGACGGGCGUCGACGAGAUCUUUGAACAAGCCAUCCUGACUGUCGUGGCUAACGACCGGAAAAACCUCGAGGCUCAAGCCACCGUCCCUUCAUCAUCCGGCGGCCCACCAGGAAGCAGCGCAGGCUUCCAUGGCAUCGCUCUUAAGAAGAAGAAGAAGAGGAAUUGCAAGAUCCUUUAAGGUCCUCGCUGAGGAUUUCGGGGUUGUAACGACCAGGCAUUGGACACAGGCGGGGGGCGUAAUGAAUGACUUUUGUUUUAUCUGCAUGAUCUCGUCACGACCUGCUACUAUUACGAUCUGGAGAAAGCAUGCGCCAACAUUAGCGAGCGGCGUCUCCUGUUCUAGGGGCUGGAUGAACUCUAGACCGGGGGACGUGGAAACUGUUGUUUUUCUUCUUCUCUCCGACGGAGGAGAAGGAUCGGUAUAUAGGGGGUGGGGAACAAAGGAGGAGUGGGAGGGAAAGUGCGUGGUAUUCUCAUUGGAGUCUCGAGGCUCAUCCAUACCCUUUUCCUUUUGGAACAAAACAAACACAAACACACAGACACACCACCACACACACACCACACACACAAAUGGAGCGGGAAACAGGGGGGGGCCGAAGGCUUUGACCAGUUUCUCUAUUCCUCGGGUAACUUCCAGGUCUCCCUGGUGAUUUUUCU